AUGCAGCGAUGUUAUAUCACUAAAGCUGAAAUCUGUUUAACUACUGGUUCGGUGAAAAAAAUCAUCAGAUGGCCUGAAAUUAUUGAAUUACUCGGUAAUACAAUAUAUUGUCCAUUCAAAGAAUUAAUAGAAUAUAUGCCUGAUAUUUGUUCGUUGGUUAUGGAUCGUUAUAUUAUUGAUCAAGGAAAAAUGAACAGUCCAGAACAUGAGACAUUAUUUGACUUUUCCAUAUUACAACCACCUUUAAAAAGUCGUGCCAGACAACCAAAUGAACCAUUACAAUACUUGAAGAUUAUGAUUCUUAAUAAACGGGAUAAUUUACUUGUUCAUCCUUUGUGUGAAAUGUUUUUGAAAGUAAAAUGGACAAUGUACGGGAGAUGGAUUCAUUUGAUCAUAACUAUUUAUUACAUAAUAUUGAAUUUGGCAGUUACAUUUUUCUGUUUAAAACAAGCACCAUCAGUUGUGGCUUAUCAUGAUCAGCAAACAGAUCAUGUUGUUCAACAUUUACACAAUCAUACAAAUGAAUCAAAUUCCAACAGAAGUAUAUUGAUAUUUAUUUUGUUCAUUAGUUUAUUAAAUGUAUUUAUACAAAGUUUACAAAUUAAAUCACAACGAUUGAAAUAUUUUAAAAAUUGGAAUAACUCCUUUGUUUUAAUCUUUCAAACAUUACUUAUUAUAAAUUCAAUGAUCAAUUUAUUUGAAACUAUUCAACCAUAUUUUGUUGUUCUAGCAACAAUGAUGAUGUUUAUGGCUUGGAUGAAUUUACUUUUACAAACCAUUCGAUCACAAGAUUACGGAAUAUUUAUCAUUAUGUUUACACAUGUAACAGCUACAGUAGCUAAAUUAUUACCGUUAUUUUUAUAUCUUCUAAUUGGAUUUGCAAUAGUAUUUCAACAAUUACUUCAAUUACCAAAUGAAGAGGAGUUCAAUUCUCUAUCUGACAAUCAUAACAUACAUAUCAAUAACUGUUUUAUUGAUGAUACAAAUUUACUGAACCGUUCAAUUAAUAAUAUCACAACAAAAACGCAUAAAAGACAAUUCAUUCAUAUGUUCAAUAAUAUUGGUCUAACCCUCUUUGAUACAUUAAUGAUGAUGAUGGGUGAAUAUAAGUAUACAAUAAAUAUUAUUGAAUUAUAUUUAGAAAAUCAAAUAUUGACUAUACCUUAUCCAAAAUUGACAUUUAUUUUUUAUGUAGCAUUUGUUGUUUUAAUACCAAUAACAUUGAUCAAUUUAACGAUCGGUUUAGCAGUUGGUGAUAUUAACAAAGCCAGAAAAAGUGCAACACAAGAAUUAAUUUCUCGACAAAUUUACUGGUUAGAUAGUUUAGAAGCGAAUUUUCCACGUUGGCUAUAUGCUAAAGUUUAUGUUCAAAAAUGGAUAUUGAAACCAGCUAGAUCAAACAUACCAAGACAUGAACGUUCAAGACAAGAAGUAGACGAAACUGUCCAACUUAUAAAUCAACGAUUGAAUAUAAUUCAUAAAAAAUUAGAAUGGUUCAAUUAUCAGUUGCAGCAAAUAAUGCAAAAAUUGUCAAUACAAAUAAUGGAAACACUAUUGGAUACAGGAAGUUAUGAUGAUGUGGAUUAAAUAUUUUACUCAACUAUUU